AUGACCCCCUUCUUAUCUUUGUUUGACAUGCUAUGGGCCGCCGAGGCGACAAUGGUACAGUCCCAUAUAGAUCGCCGCCGUAUGUCCCAAGAACAAGGGCAUAGCCUAGUUGCAGCACUGGACGUGGACGAUAUCUUUGAUCAUGCGCGAGAGAACAAAUUGAAACUAGCGAAGACGGUUCUAGCGGCGUUCAAUGAUGAAUUCACGGCACCUCCGCUACAAAUCCUUGCGACAGUUGUGCUAAGCCAGAAUGCGGAAGCUCAUCCACCACUCCAAACACGAAGAAUCCGGGAUACUUGGGCUCAGCUAUCUCGUAUUAGGGAAGUCUGCGAAGCAUCACUAAGUCAUCUGGUGAGAUGGCUUAUCAACCGCAGAGUCCAGUUGUGGGGUUGCAACGGAGAGCUAGAGGCUACCUCACACCACUAUCAACAGAAUCUCACAGAGUGGUUACAGCUUUCACCCCUCCAAGAAGCGAAUCCAUCAAAUCGUCAAGAUGAAGUACUUUACGUUGUGGAUUGCCCUGCUGGCCAUUCAGUUCCCAGGUCAUUACUAGAAGAGCGAAUGGACAAAAAUGCGUGCGAGCAAUUGCGAGCAAACUCUCAAAUGCUUACACUGAAUAUUUACUGCCCUUUGUGUCCAACAAACACGAAAAUACAGCAUGCACGGAUGGUGGAAGCUGCCAGGCUUUCCCAACCACGCAUCGGCUUCGAAACGGCCAGUACUAGAAGCUACUCCUUUCCCGAUUCUAUUUCUCGAGACACGACCUCCUCAAGCUCCCUCAGUCAUUCCACCAGCCAUUCAUCGGUGCGUGUAGACUCAGGCGAUGGAACAUGGAGUCCGAUCUCGCCUGCGACUUUCAAGCCAGUUUUCAGUCCGAUGAAUAGCAAACAUUCUCCUACAACACCCUCUGACCCACAUAACUCAUUUUUGGCGCGUGCUAAAACCGAUUUUUUAUAUGAAAAGUCCACCGCAAAGUCGUUUCCUCGAGAGCUGAAGAAUGUCUCUCUACCCUUCUCCACUGGUUCUUCCCUGUUUCGACGGGUCUCAGUGAAGAAGAACCAUUUACCCCGUGAACCCAGAUUCUGCUUCUCUGCGUCAGGCCGGAGCCUUUUUCUUUGGGGCGUUGGAAGUAAUUGGGUGGCCAGGUUUGAGACACCCAGUGCAGGAGCACAGAAGCCAAGCAGUCAUCGAUACGAUGUUUCCGGCGUACAAUACGUUGCCGCCGGAGACCAGCGCUGCGCGGUGAUAGCCGCUGUUGGAGAGCAUUACGAGCUUCUGGUAUUCAAAGGGCUUGGCCUGAGUGCCGAAGCUCAUUUGCCGAUCGAGAUCCACAAUCCAUCCCUACCUCCUAUCCAUAUGGUUAUGUCUCGCGACGAUCGAUACGUUGCAUUUACCCUCAAAAAUGAAGUUCGAGUUUACGAAAUUAUUGCCGGCGGUAUUGUAAGAGUCUCAUUUGGGGAUACCGGAGACCCCAGCGCAUCUCUGUACGAUAUGACUCCGGCGCCAACGCACAUAGCCUCGCCCCUAGGAAAUGACGGUACCCCAGGGCAAGAAGCGAUCAUUGAAAGAAAGCUUCAAUUCUCGGUUGACGGGAAAUAUUUCGUCAUUGCGACACACCUUACCGACUGCAAUGCCUAUGUUGACGUGUGGGACCUGUCCCUCAAACGGUGGGAUACUGUCCCUGGUAAAUCACAGUCGUUUAGGCUUUCUCACGAAUUCCCCAAAUCAUCUUCGGUCGCCGAUAAAGACAUGCUUAAAGACCCAAAUAGCACCCGCAUAACCCACGCAGCCCAAUCCGCCUCCGGAUCGCAGUUUGCGAUUGCGAACGGCAUGAACCAGAUUUACCUAUUCGAUUCCAUUGCUAGCGGAUCUACGCGCGUGUCUCGGAUGAAGAAAGCCUCGCAUAAGAUCAGUUCGUCGGUUUUUCGGCCCGGCUACUUAAGCUUGGCCUUCCCACAGGACGACGAGAUUCUCCUUUUCUGGAUGGACAAUGGAAAAUUGAUGCUCCGGACGGUGCGAUUGCACGAGGGGACCCAGACAUCUAAAGAUUACGAUUUGCGCUCCGAUUUUGACCGGCUGAUCCUUGAACGGCCCACGGCUGAUGCGCAACUCCGGCGAGCUUCCCUGCUUUCCAAACAACAAAGCCCUGAGCUGGAUGGCAUGCAAUUCUGUUGCACAUUAUGA